AUGGCGAAUAGACGGAUUGGGAAGACGAUACCCUGCUCUGCAUUCAGUGUUUUUAUUCUGCUACUCUCCUCUGCUACUUCUCAAUCACAACCUAACCAGGGUAUUGACAUUGAUCCUUCAAGAAAUAUUAAAGAACAGCACCCUGAAGUUCAUUGUUCAAGAGAAAGGAGUCGAGCCGCAUGGAAAAUAAUAGAGGAAUAUCUGAUACCUUUUAUGGAAAAAGAAAAGUAUCAACUUUCAAGCCGAUGCAGACUUCAUCAAAGCAACGAUAUAUUUAGAGAACAAGAGGAGCACAAAAUUCAUGUCGACAUAAACGAAUAUCGAUCUUCUAGAACCUCAAGGAUGGUGAGUGCACUCGAGAAAGCUCCGCUCGAAGAUGGUUACGUAUCGUACCCAUGGGAGCAUAGAAUGCACGAGAUGCUCUCGGUUCCGAAUUCAAGCACAUUCUAUUCCAUUAAUUGCUGCUCUGCACUCGCGUCUCCUCCGAGCGGCGAUUAG